ACCCCUCACUUGUUAGAAGCAGAACACUCCUCCCUUUUGAAAGAAAGCCACAACUGCUCUUUUUGGAAUCGAACAAAUAUCGAUACUAGGAUCUUGAUUUCCCGGCUUAGAGCCCGAUUGAUUGCCAGGCUAAUUGGAGCUUAGUUGCUCCACGUGUUGAUGGAAUAGGGGCGGGAAAAAACCUUGACCUCGAAGGCAUCUCAAAUUAGUAUGCUGGUCAGGUUUCUUUCUGAUCCACGACCACCGCGGUGUAUGGGACGUAUUUCAUGUAACAAGUGCGGUAAAUAACCUCCAACUAGGUUGUCAGAUAGGUAAGGAGCCAUAAAGCCCAGACUCCCUCCCCGUUACUAGUCCUUGAUGACACUACUAGAGGGGAAAAAAAUACGUACGUUCUAGUUCCAAGAUCACACUUAACGUCCCAUUGUGAGCACGGUUGAAAUGAGACAAUGUGGUCCAUAAAAGGGGUCUGCGACAAUUGUUCCCGCGCACUCUGCAUUCCCGUCCGUCUGGCGUAAUUAGCGCAAUUGGGGUCUUUUCUCACUUCUUUAUGGGUGCUUCAUCCCUCUCAAAGCAUGGCUCUCCUGACAGGUUAGAGUCCAUAUUUUUGAGUAAUGCGCUCUUGGGCGAGCCUCUGUUCGUUGUUGGUGAAGGUCUCAAGUUCAUGUUUAGACUUCCUUGGGGUGGCCUCUCCAUCUGUCUAGUCGUUCCAGUCCAUAAGGAAGUGAAAAAUGGUUCGUGUCAUCUUUUCCACAAGAGACUCUCCAUUUAAGCACAUCAUAAACUGAUGUCAACCACUCAAGACUCCGACGUGAAGCCCAAGCAUUUCAGAUCAGGCUCUAACUGCCUUCCAGAGCCUCAAGGAGCAUUUCAUGAUGGAGCGAACCAUCUCGGAGAGAGGACUUCUCACCGAGACCUCUAGCUAUGAGCAGGACCUUUCGCUCAGGGCAAUUCCCCCGCCUCAUCCUGAUCCUUCCCCGUCGCAUCAUCAUCCUGAAGGUCAACAACAACUCAGAAAUGAGAAUGGACAUUCUCCGAUGGAUCACAAAUCUCAGCCCAUUUCAAGCAUCUCGGUAACUCCCAGUCACCACCAACAUCAUCAAGAACAACAACAACAAUACAUGGCUCCAACCCACACCCAGUAUCAACAACAGCAGCAUCACAACCACCAACAAGAACAAUCCCACCACCAUGUCAGUUACCAACAACAACCAAACUCGCCGCAGAAUUUGGACCCGCGAAAUAUGCCAGAAACGGGAUUUCGAGCCGGAAUUAGUCGCGUUCGUGGAGGUAGUAAAAGGUUGAUUCAACGGGCCCGACGGGGAGUUGGCGGCGAUGGCGGCGACGAUGGAAGACACGUGGACCAUAUCAAGGCUAAAUUGCACGAUAAAAGCGGUGCCGAUCCUGAGGGACCCGGGAUUGCGGCAUUCCUACUGACUGCACUAUCCGUUUUACUUAUCAUUGUCACGAUGCCCUUCUCGCUUUGUCUCUGUAUCAAGGUGGUGACUGAAUACGAGAGAGCUGUCAUAUUCCGUUUGGGUCGUCUUCGGAAAGGUGGCUCCAAAGGACCAGGUAUUUUCACUGUCAUUCCAUGCAUCGAUACCUACAAAUGCGUGGAUUUGAGAACUGUCUCGUUUGAUGUUCCGCCCCAAGAGAUCUUGUCUCGCGAUUCCGUGACGGUCAGCGUGGAUGCGGUUGUCUAUUUUAAUGUCAUUGACGCAGAGCAGGCUCUUUGCAGCAUAGAUGACUUCAGCCAUUCCACUCGCUUGUUAGCUGCCACAACCCUAAGAAAUGUGCUGGGAACGAAGAAUUUGGCUGAAAUUCUCUCCGAACGAGAGACGAUCUCACACAUCAUGCAAAGUAGCUUGGACGAGGCCACGGAUCCAUGGGGAGUCAAAGUGGAGAGAGUCGAGAUAAAAGACGUCCGACUGCCUGUUCAACUACAAAGAGCCAUGGCCGCGGAGGCUGAAGCUGCUCGAGAAGCCCGGGCUAAGGUGAUUGCCGCUGAAGGAGAACAAAAAGCUUCGAAGGCUUUGAAAGAGGCCGCUGACGUGAUUCAAGAAAGCCCAGCCGCUCUUCAGCUCCGAUAUCUUCAGACGCUGAACAGCAUCGCAGCAGAGCACAAUUCUACGAUCAUUUUUCCAAUGCCCAUGCAUUUGGCCACUCGAUUCUUUGCCAAUGAUGGAGACAACUAAAGCAUGACUACAAUUACUUCUGCAUCUACAUACUUCUUGUACUGAAACUUUUAAGAUCUGAAGAUGUCGACAAUGACCAAAGUGGCGUCAUUAAAUCAAUGCGUAGCAAUAGAAGCCGAAUGAUGGUGACGAUCGUUAAAUGACAAGCACUCUUCUUUGAAAUAAAUACAAUUUGUCACUGCUAGUCUACCUUA